GCCAAAUCCACUAGGACUCGCUGUGACAUGGAGUGACGUCCGAUUUCUCUCUGAAAGUCUGGACACUUCCCUCAUCGGUCGGUUCCCCGUUACCCGCCAGACCCCAAUCCGCGCCGCCCGCCUGGAGCCCCAUCCCCCGCCCACUCACUCGGGGGCGUUUCACGGCCUAUUCUGCCCUGUCUGGCUUGAUUUAGUUCCAGGAUGGAGAGCUUAUCCCGGCAGAGUUUGACCUUGGACGAGGUGGCCUUGGCCCGGAUGGUUGAGGCCAAACGAGCCGUGUUUGUCUACGAGUGGUUGCGUUAUCUGGAUCAGGUGCUGCCUACGGUGGCCCGCCCCGAGAUCAAGACCAAGCAGAAGGUGUUGGUGGGCCAGCUUUUGGAUCUGAUUCGACAAGGCGUGUUGGGCCCGCCCUCACGAGUCUUGGCGGCCCAAUGUUUGACCACGUUAUUCCGUGUGGGCGACACGUUUCUGCUCUUUGAUACGAUUAACAAAUGUAACGAUUGGUUGAAGAACAAGGACGAUUCCCCGAGUUUUCUACCCACACGUUUGGGUGCGAUUUGUGUGUUGGGUCACAUGUACGAGACGCUCGGUCGGAUGACGGGUCGGAGUUAUGAGGAAACGGUUCAAGUCUUGAACAAAGGUCUCAAGAAUGCCGAGUCCCAAAUCCGCAUGGAGACCAUGGUGACUUUUGGCAAAGUUUGCGAGGGAUUGGGGACAGCCGCGUCCAACAUUCAUCGUGAUAUCUUCAAAUCCGUGCGUUCCACCCUGGCGGAUAGAGCUCAUAUUGUACGUGCCGCUAGUGCUCAAUGUCUGCUUGUGAUGUCGCCCUACGCCACGUUUGUCACCACCACCGAAUUGGAAAAUGUGGCCACCAUGUGUUUCCGAGCGUUCGAAGGGGCUAGCUACGAGACCCGGAAGGCCGUGGCCAAAUGCUUGGGCACUAUUCUGGCCAAUACUCAACAGGAGGACCCGUUUUCGAAAGGUCGAAACUCUGGCAUGAUGAUUCAACGGGCUAAGAAGGGCCCAACAGCGGGCAACACCAAUAAACGAUUGCCCUUGGGCGAUGUCUUAGCAAUUAUCAUGCAAGGCUUUCUGAAAGGUGGAUCAUCCGGGUCUGGCUUGAUCAAGGGCGGAUCUACUCCGGUCAGUCAAGAUGUCCGAGUGGGUGUGACGCAUUGCUAUGUGAUCAUGGUCCAAACGUUGGGGCCGCAAUGGUUGGAAAAAAACCUGAGUCAGUUACUCAACCACGUCCUGGAACUGGCUUCCCAUCCCAAGGCUGCCACGUCCCAUGUGGAUGCGGUGUAUUCCCGAAGAUGCGUUGGGCACAUCAUUCAGGUUCUGUUGGGUAAAAUGUUGAGCGAGCAAGCUCAAAUGGCUGCUUGUAAGGAGAUGAUUGCCAUUGUGGAGAAACUCAUGAGCUCGUUAGAUGUUCACUCCGAAAACACAAAGGAUUCGAGUAAUCAAGAAACACUUUUUUCGCAACAUCUCAUUGUCGUGGCUCUUCAGGAAUUGGGUACCCUAUUUCAACGUCUCGGAACCGUAUCGAGAACACUUAUCGUCGAUCAUCACCUCCAUUUGACCAAUGUCUUGUGCUCGCUCUUGGUUCAUCCUAGUCAAGCUCCCAGAUUGGCAGCUUCCUGGUGUUUGAGAUGUCUCUGUGUGGCUUCUCCCAGCCACUUGACUCCGAUCCUCGACAGAUGCUUAGAGGGACUGGAAAAACUGAAGGCAUCUGCCGAUGCCGUUUCAGGCUAUAGUAGUGCCAUUGCUGCCCUUUUGGGGGCGGUCAGAUUGACCCCGUUGGGCAUUCCUCAUACUCGAGGAAAGAUCGCAUUUAACGUGGGCGAAGACCUCUUACGAUCCGCCUCUCAAAAUAGCCGAUUGUCCAAAGAGAGGACCCAAGCUGGAUGGCUGUUGAUCGGUUCAGUGAUGACGCUGGGACCGGCAGUUGUGAAAGGCCUUCUCCCGAGAAUGAUGCUACUCUGGCGGAAUGCAUUCCCACGUUCUCAGAAAGAACUGGAAUCUGAAAAAUCCCGUGGCGAUGCCUUUACAUGGCGGGUUAGUUUGGAGGCUCGUUGUGGUGCCAUGAGUGCCAUCCAUGCCUUUCUACUACUGAAUGCCAAUAACGGCCACAUCUCGUCGGAAUUAGUGAACGACGAUACCAUUCGACGAUUGAGCGUUCCCGUAGAAGCAUGUUUAAAUUUGUGCUCCAAUCUCGGAUCUGUCCUCAAAUCUUAUCCCACGGAAUUAAAGGCUUUGGCUGCCAUGCUGAGGCUCCGCUUAUUUGAAACCAUUUCAUUACUACCCCCCGGAACCUUGGAGGCCAACUACACUCAACUCCUUCGUCUUUUGGUUGGGGAGUUUACACUUUCCGAUGGCAACUCGACGUCCACUUCACUUCUCAGAUCGUUUUGUCACAUUGAGGACUCUGUCAUUUUGGGUACCAGAUUUCAAGAUGCGGAAGAAAUCAUCAUCGAAGAGCAACUGUUGGCCAACAGCGCUUCGGGUUCGGGAGCAUUGGAGCACGAUUUGUGCAGCCUAUUUAGACCUUUAGGAAAAGAUAAAUUAAGUGUGCCAGGCCCAUUGCCCUUGGGGGUUUCGGUGGUGGAUCAAUCAAUCAUUGUGUUCGGAUUAGUAUUUCCCAGAGUGGCUCAAAAGCAUCGAUUGCAAAUGUUGGACCACUUCAGUGAGCAUAUCAAGCAACAAUCGAGCAAAAGUGCCAAGAACGCCCCCAUUGCCGAGGCCAUUCAAAUGAACAUCUUCACCGCGGUCCUGAGCAGCCUCAAAGGUUUAGUGGAGGCCAAAACCAAACUGGCCCAGGAUGACGUGAGGAAGGCCGCUGUAACCCUGAUAAUAGGUGCUUUAACCUCGACCAAUCCCAUGCUAAGAUGUGCGGCGGGUGAGGCCCUUGGCCGAAUGGCCCAAGUCGUGGCUGACCCCAAAUUUGUGGCCGAAAUGGCGCAGAGCUCGUUUGAUUGCCUAAAAUCGGCGAGGGAUGUGACCUCUAGAACGGGUCAUUCCCUCGCUUUAGGAUGUCUGCAUCGUUAUGUUGGAGGGAUGGGAUCCUCCCAGCAUCUUCAUACGUCGGUUUCGAUCCUCUUGGCCUUGGCCCAAGACCAGGCCUCGCCACAAGUCCAAGUUUGGGCAUUGCAUGCGUUGGCUUUAAUUGCCGACUCAGGUGGUCCCAUGUUCCGUGGAUUUGUGGAACCAACUCUGUCCACCAUCCUGAAACUGCUACUUAGUGUCCAACUCACUUCCUUAGAAGUUAUGAGUUGCCUUGGCAGGGUUCUCUCCGCUCUCAUCACCACAGUGGGUCCAGAAUUGCAAAGCAAUUCCAACGAAAUUGCCAUCGCUCGCUCCUCGUUCUUAUGUGCCGUUGCCAUGCUCCAAAACCAUCCUCAUCCCGUAGUUCAGGCUGAGGCCAUCCAAUGUCUUCAGCAACUGCAUAUGUUUGCCCAACCUCCGGGUCCGUCUCGUCAAGGCCCCGCACCCGUGGACUUGGCCGUGCUCGUACCAGUUCUCGUUAGAUAUUUGCGAUCCUCCCACCUUAUACUGCGCCAAAGUGCCGUGAGCUGUUUUCGACAAUUCGCUCAACGAGAGGCAAAAGAAGUUUGUGAACAAGCCAUGACUUUAAUCAACCAAGAGAGUCUCAAAGACACUCACAAUUUGGAUUCACUUCAUUUCACCGACUCAGGUCUGCCUGGGAUCUUGUUUUCAAUUUUGGACCAUGAACUGGACCCAUUGCUUCUGUCCAACAUUCAUGACACCCUUCUGUUCAUUAUGCAAUCAAUGGCCUCUGAGAACUUGACUUCAUGGCUGAGUCUUCUAAGAGAGGUCCUCACAAUUCGAACCGAGGAUUCGGGAAGCACCCAACCUGUUGUGAUGGAUGACGAUAAUGAUGACAACGACGAUGGGGAUGAUGACGAGGAUUUCAAAAUUGGAGAGGAAUCGCGUGAAGCACUCCAACCGCGAUGGCCAACCCGAGUUUUUGCGGCAGAGUGCCUGCGCCGGAUUAUUGAAGAUUGCUGCCAGGGCAAUCGUGCCCACUUUGACUUGUGCCUGGCGAAAGAAAUGCAAAUGACCCAAGCCAAGGGCGAUUAUUUGGUCCUUCACCUUUCCGAAUUGGUCCGAGUGGCUUUCAUGGCUGCCACGAGUGAUUCUGACCCACUACGAUUGGAAGGUCUGCGGACGAUGCAGGUCAUUAUUGAAAGAUUUGGAGAUACUCCCGAACCCGAAUUCCCCGGACACGUAAUUUUAGAACAAUAUCAAGCCCAAGUUGGGGCUGCCCUCCGUCCUGCUUUCACUCCGGACACGCCCAGUCACGUGACUGCAGCGGCUUGCAAUGUCUGCUCUUCAUGGAUUGGAUCGGGCGUGGCCCGAGAUCUUAGUGACUUGAGACGGGUUUAUCAAUUGCUCGUUUCCUCCUUGGAUAAGAUCAAACCCAAGUCCACCCAGGCGCAGUUCUUCAACGAAAGUGCCUUAACCCUCGAAAAGCUGUCCAUUUUGAAAGGCUGGGCGGAAGUGUACAUCAUGUCCAUGAAGAAUGAGAUUUCGAACUUCAACUCAGAAAAUGCGUUCUCGAGCAAAUUCUCGCAAGCCGAUGACGACGACUUUGCCGAAUUCGACGACCAAUCCUCGUCAUCGGGGAGCAAGAAUGAGGGAUUGGCUGCAUUGGUCCAAGAGGAGUUGCCCAGCCUUUCCAAGCAUUGGUUGGCAGCCAUGAAAGAUUAUGCUUUGUUGUCCCUUCCAUCUGAAUUCAAAUCGCAACUCCCUCACGACGGGGGUGCAUUCUACACGAACGAUACCAUUGAAUCGGCUCGACCUCAUUAUCGAGCCACGUGGCCGCCCAUUUUAGAAGCUGUGGCAAUUUGGUUGACCUAUGGACAAGGCUUUGAAAAUGUUCAAAAGGAGAAAUCAGACCUGGAUGUCCAAGGGAGUGCGAAUCUGGGGAUAGGCCCGGCAAAUGCCGCUGCCAACAAAAAUGCUGACGAUAUCAACAAAGAUCGAUUUUAUCUCCUAUUUGGAAUUUGUAUGGAGGCCCUGUCGAAUAACAGAUCCGCUGAUUUAAGCAAGGAGGAGGUUUCAAGUUGCCUGAAAGCUUUGAAGGCUUUGAUGGAUCAUGCCAAGAAUCGUCGUGACGUUCUGUAUCAAGAUCCCAAUGUCUUGGUGGAACUUUGCAACGUUCUUCACCGAACCGUUCUCACCCGAGACAACGUUCACAUUCAGACUCAAGUAAUGAAUGUCGUUCAUUUGGUCCUGAAGGCCGCCAAGGAGCAUUUGGACCAAAACAGGAAGAAGAAACAGAAAGAGCUUUCUGUGCCGGUAAAUCAAGAACCUGAUAAUCUCCCAGAGUUAGAUCUUUUGGGCGAAGGUGGUGAGAGUGGCAAGAUCAGUCCCGAGUCAUCCGUAGUAUUUGCGACGCUAGAGGUGUGUCUCUGUGUUCUCGUCAGACACUAUCCGGAUUUGUCUCCCAGAGCGGCCAAUAUCAAUUCCGUCAUGGCAAUGCAGGCCAAAUCGCGCUUGCGCGGUCGUCUCAUGAACGAUGAACAAUGCCAACUGAUCGCUUUGGCGGUUCAGGCACUUUCGGGGUUGACCAAGCUCUGCUCUCCUAGAGGUGCCUUAAAAGUCCUACCGUCGAUUUAUUGGCUCAUCACCGGCAUCUUAAAAGAGGCUGCCUCAAAAGCGGUCAUUGAUGACGGAAUUGUGUUGGCCUCUAAUCCACAAAUCACGUCAUCGCUUCAGGGUUUGCGGACUUUGACCUCUUCCAAUUACGCCCAAGACGAACGGAGUCGGAAGAAGUGGGCCGAACUCUCUCAGAGCACGUUGUUAAGCCUCGUGGAUUUAGCCAAGACCGCUCCCAACGAGGAUCAUAAGAUGGACGAGACCAGCUUGUUAUUGGCAGUUGCCGUGUUCAUCUUGAAUUGUGAUCCCGCGGUUGUAUGUUCGCCGAAUAUCCAGUAUCCUGCCAUAAACGCCUUCUCACAGGCCUUCCAGUCUUCCAAUGCCACUGUUCGAUUGAAAUGCGUCCAAACCCUUCAAUCGAUCUUCCGUCAUCCGAAGAAACAAAUCUCGUUGCCAUAUAUCCACAGUCUGUUGCCAAAGAUCCUCGAGCAUCUCAUGGGCGAAUCCGCUCGAGCUGUGAAGACGGAUGAGGACUUUCUGCAUACCACGGAAUGCUCGAGAAUCGUGGAGAGUCUCUUGAUGACUCUGCCCGAGCAAGACAAGAAAGCUCAGCUUCUAGCGCUUCAUGUGCCCAUUCUAGUCAGUCAAUUAUUGCUUGAUGGAGACAUCAAAGACGCGACGCACCUCCGACUGAGGCUUCACGAAAACGCCUUAAACAAACUGACUCAAUUAGGGAAGUUGUUCCCUCAGGAAAUCCGCGGGAUUUUCACCCAACACGUGGAGCUGAAAACGAGAUUAGAGGCCGCCAUACGAAUCAACCAAGCCCGAGUGCAAAAUGCCAAGCAUGAAGCCGCAAACGCGGCUUCUAAUGCCCAACAGAGGAAAGUCCAAGAUCACACACCCUCCAUUAAACUUACAAUGGAUUUUAGCAAAUUUGCAACAAAAUGAACGACGAAUUGGAAAAAAGGACAAGCAAGAGAUUCAAUGCUCUCAAUUCAAGAGCUCAUUCAUCACAAUAACUAGGAAAUGAAAUCAAGUUGAGCAAUAAGACGAAUGGAUACGUAGCUAUAUUUAUAAAACUACUUUGACGACGUCACUAAGACAUGCCAUUUUAGAAGCGUUACAAAAUAAAGUUAUUUAUUAUGUCCUUCA